AUGAAGGCCGUGGUCUUCAAUGGAGCAUACGAUCUCGCUGUGGUUGAAAGACCCGCUCCCAGGCUUCUGCAUGACGAAGAUAUGAUAGUUCAAGUUCUUUAUGCUGGCGUCUGUGGCUCUGACUUGCAUGCAUACCGUGGCGUUGAAAAAGUAAGCUCAACAGGGUUCAUCUGCGGUCAUGAGUUCGUCGGUGUUGUGUCUGAACUUGGUAGUGCAGUCGAUGCUGGACGCUUCCCAAUUGGUUCAAAAGUCGUUGUGCCCUUUACAACGUCUUGUGGUCGCUGCUUCUUCUGUAUUCGCGGCAAGUCAGCUCGAUGUAGUGACGGUCUUCUCUUUGGUAGUCCAAAGCUCGAUGGAGGCCAGGCCGAGUACGUCCGGGUUCCAUUGGCGAAUGGUACCUGCGUAUCUCUGGACAGUUUCGAGGGCGAGCAGAAGCUAGGCGAUCUCAAGAUUCUGCUCUUCCUGGGCGACAUCUGGACGACAGCACUCUACUGUGCCAAGAACGCGCUCAAAGACGCGCUUGAAUCGUUUGCAACACACGAUCUUGCAUCAGAAAAAUUGACUAUUGCUGUCCUGGGUCUUGGACCUGUCGGCUUAUGCACAUUGAUUGCCCUUGAAUAUCUCCUCAAAAAACACAAGCUAUACAACCAAUCACGAGUGUAUGCGAUCGACAGCGUCCAAGACCGUCUCGAUCAUGUUAAAGAAAUUGGAGCCUUUCCGCUCAAGCUGGAUCCCGCUGAUCCGCAAGAAGUCAUCAGUCUUCUCAACCUCGAAAACGAACGUGGCGUCGAUGCGGUCUGCGAAGUGGUAGGUCAUGAAAGUGCCCUGCGACUUGGGUUUGACAUCUUGCGCCCAUUCGGUACACUGUCAUCUGUGGGUGUUCACAAUGCUCCAUUGCCCUUUACUGGAGAAGCGUGUUUCUCCAAAAACCUUGUCUUUUAUGCUGGUCGCUGUCCCGUUCGCUCCUUGAUGGACGAAGCGAUUCCAGCACUGAUUGAGAUGCAGAACCGGUUUGCUGGGUUUGUCGAUUGUGUCAUCAACAUUGAAGACGCCGUUGAAGCCUAUGAAAAGUUCAAUCUUAGGCGAGUCCAGAAGGUGGUCAUCGACUUUACAUGUGAACGCAAACACACAUACGACUGA